AUGGAAGAGAAGAGCAGGGAGAAGGAGAGCAAGGGGAUAUCCCUUCGUAAGAAGAAGAAGACAAAACCACAGAUCUCUGCGCCGAAGCAGAUAAGUGCACCGCUCCCCCAAGGAGUACCCGUACCAGGAGGUACAAUACCACGACCACGACAAGAUGGAUCUCCAGCGCCGAGCUCUGGUAGUGGAAGGGAUGCAGGCGUGCGCCCGAGGCCACGGCCGCAGCAAUCUGACGUGACCGCAGACCUGGUCAAGAGGAGAUAUUCCACGCGGUUUACGCAGAUGCCAGACUUCAAUGGUGAUGGGGUGCCGCCGAUGCCCUCUGUUCCUGCCAUUCCCAAGCAGUCUAUGCAACCACCGCCAAGUAGAGACGGAAGGGCCAGUGCUGGCGAAGGAGAGAAGAAGAUCAGAGUAGACCCUAAAGCACUGCGCGAUCCAAACCUUAGGCCUGAGCAAUAUAUCUCUAGCCUGCUCUCUGAAGCCUCCGAAGCUGAAAUCAUGGCGUUUCAGCAGGAACUCAGAAAAGCCAAAAACCGGAUGUCCACAGAUCUCCAGCAUAACGUGUAUCAAAAUCGGACGCAGUUUAUCAAGAUCAGCAAGGAAGCAGAGAAACUCAAGAGCGAGAUGCGCACCCUACGAACACUCAUGUCCGACCUCACGGACACUCUUGGCCAGGCGACACAUGCAGGCAUUGCAGGAGAAAAGCAAACUGCCCGCAACCGCGCAAACAGGAGUUCGGUCGCCAAUUUGGAGGCUCUCUGGAACACACAUUUACAAACCCUGUGGAAACGAGUCGAAGGAUCGCAGAAAUUCUUACCUGCUACCCCGGGCAGGCACAUCGUGCACGAAUCCUCUAGAUGGGUGGAAUUGAACAGAGCUACAUGGAAAGCCAGGAGGCGAGUACAUCUAAUCCUAUUAAAUGACCAUCUACUUGUGGCCCACGAGAAGCAACGCACUGAUGCGCCAGCUCCGAAUAACCGUGAAGCCAAACGAACAACAGAUAAGAACGACAAGCAACUAGUCGCUCAACGAUGUUUUCCACUCCAAGAUGUACAGAUCGCUGAUCUAGCAUCCAGUGGAACAAAUGGCAGCAGGGUCGAGCCGAAGGAGAAUAGUGCCAAUGCAAUAAAUGUACGCGUCGGUAAUGACUCGUUCACAUAUGCAGUCCCGCCAAUGGAAACGAAGGAGAAGAUCACACUCCUUUCGACUUUUCGCAAGGCUGUCGAAGACCUCCGUAAGACACGAGAGGCAGAAACGGAAGAGCGGGGAAAGGCUCAAGAUUCUGUGAAUUACUAUGCUACAAGAGACCUCAAUAUCCUGAAGAAGACAGAGCUGCUCGAAAGUCUUUCUGACAAGACUGCUAAUCAACGGUCUAGUUUAUUUUUGGACGUGGACGGCAAACAACAGAGUAUAAGAUGGGUGGAGGCCCAACUAGAUGAACUCGAUAUCAACAUUGCCCUACAGCAUUUCGAGGAAGCAGUUGCCAAUUUAGAACGCCUAAAGACUUUAGCAAAAAGCGUCAAAGGGAAUAGCGUAGCUCAAGACCUCAUCUCUUUCAAGGUUAAUGAGCGUGCUGGAAAGCUCGCAUCGAUCCUCAUCAAACAAUUGACCGAGACCCAUAGCUGGUCAUCGGCGACGAAGAAGCACGUUGACUGGCUGGUACGACUUGGUUUCGAAGAUCAUGCUCGGGAGGCUUAUCUUGAAGCUCGAAGCGACAUCAUCAAACAACGUUCAAGGCAGUGCAUCUUUGAUGGCGACUUGCAGCAUUACAUUUACCAAGUCAGCUUCAUAUACUUCACAGUCAUCAAGAAUACGGUUUCGACCUACCAAGCUUGUUUCCCUGUGGUUAUGAUGUCUGCUUGCGUUAAAUGGGCUAAGGAGCACGUUGAUGAGUUCAACAUCAUUCUCAUACGACAACUGAGCAGCGUAGACAAAGGGAACGAUAUCUGGAAUGCUUGCAUGAAUAGAGCCAAAGAUCACGCUGGACUGUUAUCUGAGGUCGGGUUAGACUUUCGGGAGAUGAUUGGAAGGGCGUCGGCCAUUGCAAUGGUAAACGGUAUUGGUACACACAAUGGUGAUGUUGGGCUGGGCUUGAGUUCAUGA